AUGCAGCCAGAGUCAAACGGUGUGCGGAGAUUUACAGGUUUCAUACAGGGACAGACACCUUGCACCGAGGAGUCAGAAAAGAGAAUCGCAAUGGUGCCGAGCCACACUGGGAAUGCUCUUCUUUUGAAAAAGAGAACGGACGCGAGCACGCCAGCUCCGAAGCCGAGACCAGACUUGACAAUUCCGUUCGAGAUGACCACAUCCCACUUGGCGUUGACCAGGGACGUGGAUGGAGAGGAGGUAGCGAUUUCGGACAUCUGCGAGUUAGUACUGUGGGAUGGGGGUGCGUGGGCAGGCAACGUCGGGAUCUGGCAGUAUGCAGAGUGGUCGGCGGCGGCGGAAAAUAAUUAUGAAGGUCUGUUGUGUGGAACAGCGAUUGGGAAGUGUUGCUCUAGAACGACAGAUCAAUGGUGGUGGUGCAGAGUCGAUAAUCGUCUAUUUCUUUCCGUGGUAUCGCCAUAUCCGAUGAGCUGGACACCAGAUCCAGGGCGCAUUGUCGAUGUGCCCUUAAGCUGCCUAAUUGCACGAGCAUAUUACCCGUAUGGACCCCGUUUCGGUAUACAUACUGUUCAGCGUAUGAGUCUUUAG